AUGGAGUCUGCUGGAAACAAAUGGAUGGCCUUUGUGUCUGAUUCUGACAAAGAGAAAUCAAAGAUAGAAGACCAAAAAGGGGUUUCAUCCGAGGCAAGCAUAGUCGAGAGGACUGCCGAGUGGGGUCUCAUGGUCCGUACAGAUGUCGAAAGCGGGAGCUUCCAUGCCAUAACCGAAAAGAACUCGUCGUUCGAGAGAUUCUCCGGCGAGGGGUCCAUGAGGAUAUCCGAGGAGUCGAGCAGCAGCCGGCCGGACUUGCCGAGAGUGUCCCAGGAGAUUAAGGAUGCACUGGCCACACUCCAACAGACAUUCGUUGUCUCGGAUGCAACAAAGCCCGAUUGCCCGAUUGUGUAUGCGAGCAGCGGCUUCUUCACGAUGACGGGUUACUCGUCCAAGGAGGUUAUUGGGAAGAACUGCCGUUUCUUGCAGGGGCCGAAUACGGAUGAGAACGAGGUGGACAAAAUAAGAAAAGCGACGAGGACUGGCACAAGCUAUUGUGGGAGGCUACUGAAUUAUAAGAAGGACGGCACGCCUUUCUGGAAUCUGCUCACCGUUACCCCCAUCAAAGACGAUAAAGGCAGAACCAUUAAAUUUAUUGGAAUGCAGGUCGAAGUCAGCAAGUACACAGAAGGAGUGAAUGAUAAAGCACUAAGACCAAAUGGAUUGCCCAAGUCAUUAAUUCGUUAUGAUGCUCGUCAAAAGGAAAAGGCUUUAGGUUCGAUCAUAGAGGUUGUACAAACCCUCAAGGAUCCGAAGUCUCACAUUAGGUCUCAUAGUCAUGAUAUCAAGUCAAAAACUGAAUACGAGAAGAUGAACUUGGAUUACAUGCCCGUGAGACGAGCCUCUGAGUUGGACCCAAGAAGUAUCUUAGCUCGUUCGGUUUCUCGUCAAGACACGAGCAACAAAAGCAGAAAGUCCGCCGGAUCCGUGUCAUUAAUGGGGUUCAAAAAAACGUCGUCAAGUGGUGCCGGUUUCAAUGGAAGUCAACAAGCUAUUGAGCCAGAGAUAUUGAUGACGAAUGAAGUACAACGUACAGAUAGUUGGGAGCGAGCUGAAAGAGAACGAGAUAUACGCCAAGGCUUUGACUUGGCAACAACUUUAGAACGCAUUGAGAAGAAUUUUGUGAUAACAGAUCCUAGACUUCCUGAUAACCCGAUUAUAUUUGCAUCAGAUAGCUUUCUCGAACUAACGGAAUAUACACGCGAAGAAAUUUUGGGAAGAAAUUGCAGGUUUCUUCAGGGGCCAGAAACCGAUCAAUCGACUGUGUCAAAAGUAAGGGAUGCCAUCAGGGAGCAAACGGAAAUUACAGUUCAAUUGAUUAAUUAUACAAAGAGUGGGAAGAAAUUUUGGAAUUUGUUUCACUUGCAACCUAUGCGUGAUCAAAAGGGUGAACUCCAAUACUUCAUUGGUGUCCAACUAGAUGGAAGUGAUCAUAUCGAACCACUUAGGAACAGACUCUCGGAGAGAACUGAGCAACAGAGCGCAAAAUUGGUCAAAGCUACAGCAGAAAAUGUUGAUGAGGCUGUUCGAGAACUUCCUGAUGCCAACUUGAGACCUGAAGACUUGUGGGCUUUACAUUCUCAACCUGUAUUCCCUAGACCUCACAAGAGGGAUGGCACUGCAUGGGCAGCAAUAAGAAAAAUCACUGAAACAGGUGAGAAGAUUGGAUUGAAUCACUUCAAGCCUAUUCGUCCCUUGGGAUGUGGAGAUACUGGCAGGUAUUCUUCUGUCCAUUUGGUUGAACUAACUGGUGGUGGCCAUCUGUUUGCCAUGAAGGCAAUGGAUAAAUCCAUGAUGCUGAAUCGUAACAAGGUUCAUCGAGCAUGUAUUGAAAGAGAAAUCAUCUCUCUCCUGGAUCAUCCAUUUCUCCCCUCACUGUACGCCUCUUUUCAGACACCUACACAUGUUUGCUUGAUAACUGACUUCUGUCCUGGCGGAGAGCUAUUUGCGUUGCUCGACAAACAGCCCUUGAAAAUGUUUAGAGAGGACUCAGCCAGAUUUUAUGCAGCAGAAGUUGUCAUUGGCCUUGAGUAUCUUCAUUGUUUAGGAAUAAUUUAUCGGGACUUGAAACCAGAAAAUAUUCUUCUUCAAAAGGAUGGACAUGUUGUGUUAACUGACUUCGAUCUGUCGUUUAAGACAGCUUGUAGACCUCAAGUACGUGCUUCUGCUUCUUUAUUGUUUGUUCUAUUGCACUACUAA